AUGUUUGCAGGUGUUAAAUACAAAGACCAGUGCCCCGUCGAAAUAAUGAUCCCGAUCUAUCUGAUCGCGGCUGGAGCUGCUGGUAUUUUGGGCAGCUUGUAUUCCUUUGGAAUGUCGUUCCGAAAACAACGUGAUGAAGAAAGUGAAGAAGUAGGCCCAUUGUGUUCUCUGAAACGGUUACAUACCGUUAUACAAUUACUUCUCCUUGCCUGGUUCGCCUGUGGAAGCUUCUGGAUUUAUAAGAAUUAUCAGCCGAAUUAUACUGACCCUAAUAGUCCCAAGUAUUGUCAUAAGACACUUUACCUGUUUGCAUUUUGGUCCACUUUUUCCCAUUAUUUCAUUUCUUUUAUCGUCAUGAUCUGUGGUUGUUGCAUGCUUUGUGUUUUUUACAUAUGCUAUAUUUACAAAUAUUCUCGAAAAGACUAUGAUAUGCCUCGAAUAUUUUUGCCAAAGAGCUAAUUCAUGAGCGCUUAAGGCCAACCGCAAAUGGGGAUCUGAAUGGAAUCAUUCUUGACCUAUGUAUUUGCAGUACGUUUAGGAUAAAAUAUGACGUGAUUUAACGCUAGUUGUGAUUGCUGGUUGAAAGCUAACUUGAAUGAGGCUGAAGGAGUUAUCACCAGUAGUGCAUGGAUUUGCACCAGGGUAAUCCCAAAAGAGAAGCCAUAGGCUAUUUUGAGUUGGUCAGUGGAGACCAGUAGAGGAAACUCACCAAAUUUCAGUUCAGUUUCUUUCGUUUGCGCCCACCCUGUGUGACAGAUUUGAUUCUCAAGUAAUGAAAGCUUUAAUUAAAUAGUUACUUUACUGAAAAAUACAUAUCCAUAAUCCGCACAAAAUUGAAUGAUUUUCGAGAAUUGCUAUCAUGUGGAAAGAAAAAAAAAGGAAUAAAACACUCUAAUUGCAUAAAUCUUUAAUUCUUUUGAUACAAUGUAUUAACUUGAAUCAUGACUCUGGCAGCAGCAUUCAAACUCAGAAGCCUCCGGAAUUUUUCCUGCCUUCUGUCGUUUCCAUCCUUUUCCUGAAAAUAUUUCUCAUCAAAAUAUUUUAUCCAGUUCCAAUCGGAAAUUGUUCAAUUCUUGAACGCCGGUUUAAACCUAUCGGUAUAUGGGAAGCAUACCGCAACCUCGACCGUCAUUAAUUCAAGUCCUUCUUUACUUGUAAUUUCGCCAUGUUUAUCACUUCUUGCAACAUCAUCGCUGGAAGUGUGCAGUAUGAAACGUAUAGUUACCUGCUUUAUCUCUUCAGGUUGCAAGAUUUUAGGUAAGAAGAAUCACAGGCAGCCCAAGCUCCAGCUGUAAGAUGAUCAUCGUGCACAAUAACAAUCAUGGCGGAAUUAUAAGAGUUUGUAUGAGAAUAUUUACGACUGCUCUAAGGAAUAAAACAAUACGUCAAAUUAACAAAUAGAUUCCAAUAUCAUCAGUGACACUGAUGAUAUUGGCCCGGCGAGGCUCAGUUUAAAAAAGAGGCAGGGUUACCAAGCUAGUUUUCAGUACGCAACUGUUAGAGAUCUAUAAACUGGAAAUUUUUGAAGCAAACUUCGGCUUAGGGUACUUGGGUACUUUUCGUCAAAGAGAGCGGUCAGAUAGCAAUUGAUACGCUGUGGAAGUAAGGUGAGAUAUUUUUAUUGACAAUUUGACUUAUUGACGUAUCAUCAAAGAAAGCGGUCAGAUAACAAGUGAUAAGCUGUAGAAGUAAGGUGAGGUAUUUUUAUUGAGAAUUUGACGUAUUGUUUUUAUCCUUAAAGCAGUCGUAAAUAUUCUCAUACAAAUUCUUAUAAUUCCGCGACGACUGAUAUUUUGCAAGAUGAUCAUCUCACAGCUGAAGCUUGGGCCGCCUGUGGAAGAAUAUAAUCUUCUAUCACUGGUUGACUACGUGAAUGAUUAUCUUUCAGAGAUGUACUCAACUGAUUGCGCACAAACGCCAACUGUACAUGUAAUUAGCCAAAUGAAGUCUUAAAAUAAAUAACUUCAAGAUAUAUUGAUGGAAAAUAAACUCUUCAUAACAUAAAUGUUUUUGAUAAAUGUCAAUGUUGUACUGACAUAGAAAUGGCAACACUUGCUCGUGCAAUUUGAAGAUCAAACGGAGUAAGUACAUAAGGAAACUGUGGUGCUGCGUUGGUGGGAGAAUACAUCACAAUGUAAUUUGGUAUUAUCAGUUGAAUUGAUGACGUAAACUGGCCGCCGUUAAUAGUUUUAGCUGACGUUUCGAGUGUAAGCCCUUCAGCAUAGUGUCAAACGAAGGGCUAACGAUCGAGAAUUCAGCUUUGAAACUGUUUACGGUGACCAAUUUACGUCAUCAAUUCAAUUGAUACUGGCAAAUUGCCUUGUGUUAUAUUCUCCCACCGACGCAGCACCACAGUUAUUUUAGAAACAUACCCCCAUUAACCUUGUAAUUACAUGAGCAAGUGCUGCCAUUUCUAUGUCCGUGCUUUUUUGAAUUUCAAGUUCUAUUAUCAUACUUCCGCUAUAAGUGCAAAAAACAAUUGUACUGUAUGAGAAUGGAAUAUUAUAUAUUGCUUUAAAAUGAACUAAGGAAAUUACAAGCAAACGACCUGACGUUUAGAUGUAUUGGACCAUCAGUUACAAGAACAAGUGCUGCCAUCAUGACAAGCAUGUCUGAAUUACGAUAUACGUUUUAUUUUAUUUCAUUUUUUCACUGAGACGUAUCAUAAGAGUGCACUGUGUAAACGGUACACGAAACUGUUUCAAGAUAAUAACGUUAGGGUAACGCUAAUCUCUCGUAAAAUCACUGCUCGUUCCGUUUAUGUCAUUGAUAUUGAUAUUGGACUCGGUCACAGGGACAAUUCAUUAAUCCAUCCAUGCGUACCUGAAGCACAAUUUCCGUAUCCUUAAUCCGCUUUUAGCGCCACAGCAAGAAGUCUUUAAUUUCAAGAAACGUAUUAGAUUCCUCAACGGGAAAGAAGAGCCCUCUAAAAUUUUCUCUAGGAGGCACGGAUUCGAAUCCUGAAUUUUUUCAGGCUACUUUCCUGCAACUGCUAAAAUUGCAGUCCACCCGCCAGAAUCGUUGCCUUAUUUGAGGACUUAUUCAAAGCAGGAGCCGUAGUAAUGGACUCCUAUUCAAAGAUUUCCUAUGAUACCUAGAAAAAUAGAAAUAAUAUCAAAAAUAAAUCAAUUAAUAUGCCUUUGUGCAUAUUUUCAGGCUUGAAAGGGAUUCAAAACACUUCCCACAACUGAGCCAUCAAAUCAAUAUAAUAUUAAAAACUUACGUAAACUUCAUGCAUAGUUUACAUUUCUCCUACGUGUGAUGAAGUGCAAGCGAUUUCGUAGUGAUGCAUAUGAAGUGUCAUAACCUACAGCAAACCAGUUUUUCUCUCAAUAACGCAUUUCUUUUCUUAUUUUUUUUUUUGGGGGGGGGGGGGUUAAAAUGACCGAUAGAGCUCCGAUGAACUGUUCUCUGUUCUGCGAACGCAUACAGUCUGGUUGUAAAAUAGAGGUCGGAGAUGAAGAAAGCCAACACUGAUGAAUGACAAUUCUCAAAUGGCGGAGUAUUUCCCACAUAAGAGCAAUAAACAUGUAGAAAAUCAAAGUGAAAACUUUUAUAAAUCACAACACCGGUGGUAAAAUUAAGCUAAUAAAGUGCAACGCUUUCGAUGUUAGAAAUUCAACAAUUUCUUCUCUUUGCUUCCAUCCGUCUUUGAGGUCGCCAAAUAACUGAUUAAUUGGUGUCAGUGCUGUCAUGUGGAUUAAGGAUAAGUUCUUUUCUGAACAUGCUGAAAUAAAUUUGGCAUAUUUGCUGUGUUUUCAUGAGUAGGUAAUCAAAUAUAUUAUUCAAGUAAUCAUUUAAGGAUUCACGCAGUUUUUGAGUGUUUUCGUAAGAUGUCGGUUCUACUCGCUUUUGUUAUUAAUUUCCCGCUAAGAUGCUAAAUCAAAUUUUCCUCGCUCCAGGCGAGAGCGCACGGAAAGAGAAGGGCCUGGGAGAGGGGAGGGUGGGUCAGUCAAAAAGACCUCACGCAGUCAUAUCAUGACGGCGAAAGAAACUUAAGUUCUAUUCUAAUUAGGAAUUUGCAAGUGACUCGAUAUCUUAUCGCCUCCACUUCAGUAGAACUGUAAAGGCAUUUAUUGAGUUCCAGGAAGAAACGUAUAGAAUUUACUAAUGGGGUCCAACCUCUCGGACAACACAAAAUUUUAUUAUUUCAAGUUGCUUUCUUGCAGAGGAAAACCGGAAAAUUAGCAAAGUUUUAAAACCCACGUACAGAGAAAUUUUUCUGCUCAUUAGAACUCUUAUUUCACCAUUUUCCCGUUGCAGUUACCGUCCUGGUUUGAUUAGGGACCUUUAGCAAACCACAAAGGUGACAGAAACGAGGAGUGGCAGAACAAAAGAUCUAAUGAGCAGAACGAUAGCUAAGCACGUGCCUUUCAAAACUGUAUACAUUUCUUUCCCGUUCUCUGCAAAAUAACUUAGAGAAAUCAUCAAAAUUUGCGUGGUACAAGAAAGGAAACUCCGGUAGACGGCACAUUAUUUAAUUUUCCAUUUGGAACUCGACGCCGCUCUCAUACGCUAUGCUGAGGACUUGCGACGCCGUAAGAGAUGGUACGCAAAUCCAGUCAUUCGCGAAAUUCCAACUGAAAAUAUGUAUUCAUUUUUAAGUCAACGUCUUCCAGGGCGUCGCCUUCCUAACUGCUAAAGGUCCCUAUUAUUAAGCUCCCUAACAGGCGAAGGCCGAUGACUUUAAGUCUUAAAAUUCUUUAAAGUUUUCGACUUUGCAUCUCUUGUUAGUAUAUUUUCAAGAGUCCACAGUUUCAUUUCGGUUUUGAUUUGUUAAUAUGUGCGAAUUAAAAAUAUACGUCGAAGGUCGAUAGGACUGGAUAUAGGCUAAGUUCUCUCUUUUCACGAUUGUAUUUUUUUUCUCCUUAUUUAUUCACCCGUUCAUAUGCUGUUUUCUUGUUUACCAAAAUGCGGCCAUUUUGAAUCAACACACCUUGUCACGAGAGGGUUAAUUUUCGUAAUACUGCAUCUUACCUAAAUACAAACCAUGGCUAGCAGCGAUUUGAACUACGAUUAGAAAUGAACAUCGUCACGUUACAAAUUCGUUACAACAAUGAUUUGCAUGUAGACCGGAUGUCUUAACAUGUCAACAACUAUUUAUAGGGCGCACUGGAAAACAAAAUGUUAUAAAUUAUUUCGUUUUCUAUUAAAGAAAAAAGGGUCAGAACACUCUCAAUGGACAAAAAUUUGUCGUUAUGAAGUGGAUUGGCCGUGAAAAAAAAAUCAGGAAAGAAUACUAUCGUCAAAAGUAUAAUGUUUUAUUUCCAUCUCUCCUAAAAAUAGCCCCGACGAGUAAUUUUAAAAAUCGCUGAGAUUGCCAUAAUGAAUCGAAAUAAUUUCGGUUUCAUUACGUCAUUCUUCUGGACAGGAUUUAUAUCUACAUAGUACACAUCUGAAAUGCACGAGUAUUGGAACAGUUAAACAAUGAAGAUGGUCACUUAAAUUGUCUACGGUGGUGAAAAUAUCAAACUUAUUUAACAGUCCUGUACAACUUGAACCUUCUUUCUACACAGGACAGAGGAUAACCGAAUUAUUUGUGAAACGAGAAGAAGAGAAGAUCACAGCAUUUUAAACAUGGAGGCUAUUAUGGCAGGUUUCUGGGUUUUUCUCGUCUCUUGUAAGUUUUACGAUUUAACGCGUAUUAUGACUCUUACUAACUUUUCAUAUCUUACAGCAUUUAUUUCGACAUCGUUCAUUUCACAAGUUUGAUCGAUCACCAUACUAUUGAUAUGAAACUGGGCGAAAUUUUAUGAAGCCGAGCUGCCAUGCAAGCGACUUAAAAUAUAGCGAAAGUUGGCGAUUGUGGCAAGAUUUUCGUAUAAUCCAAUACUAAAUUGUGGAUGCAUUUCUUUAAAAAAAAAUCGCCUAAUCCUUUCAAACUGAGGCUUUGUUGGACGCUAGUAUUGGGGUUACGUGGAGUCAAGAGUCACCCUGCCUCGACCACUAACUCAUUUCAAAUAAAUCUCUUGAACAUCUAACUUUCACGAACCAUGAAAGUCUUUUAUGGCCGCCAAAGCUUUCGAGAACCAGUAGUUCGGAGAACCCGUAGGAAUAGCUUUACAAUAAAGACAGGAACCAUAAAAAAAAUUAAAGCUCGACUGAUAUUUGAACAAGGCCUACUCUUUACGCGUAAACUAUGGGUUGAACUCCUCAAAUGAUAGUGUAUUUUGAUUCUUCUAGUUGCGACUGCUAUGGUUUUUGUGUCUUUGGCAUCCAUACCUCUCCAGAUAGCAAUGAUAGUUAUUGGUAAGGUCACUAUGAUUUUACGAUAAUUUUGUUUUGUUAAAUUUUAGAAUAACCGCUCAUUAGAUUUCCGUAAUAUCAGACUCCUAUGACUCUCUUUACAGGGACUCUCCGCAUCCAUUUGUUAGUAACGUUUUUAACAAAACCUCAAAUACUUCGCAGUGCUUCGUUUAAGGGCAAAGACUCACGUUUUCAAAGAAUCUUCGCAUGUGCGACAGUUUGACGUGACAGACGGGCAUGAUAACGAUGAACCAAGAAUAGCUUUUGGUUUUGUCUUCGUUUUUCUGAUGCGGUUGCUUUUGUAUAGUUGAAAACUAUUCUAACGAGGUAACAAAGACUAGCAAAAUGAAAAGUACAAUGUCAGGGUGAUACCAAACAACAAUUAAAACGUUCUUUCUCUUUUUUGCCUCUCCUAAUCGGUUUUUACAUUUCAUAUUUUUAGGAGCAAAAUACAAAGACGAGUGCCCAGUGGAAGAAAUGAUCCCUGUUUACCUCAUAGUAGCAGGGGCUGCCGGCUUAUUCGCCAAUUGUUGUACCGGCGGUGUGAGAUACAACCAGCAAGCGGAUGAUGGAAAUACUGUAAAUCUGCUGCAGGCUCUUGUGCAAUUUGUUCUUUUUGCUUGGUUCAUUUGUGGGAAUGUAUGGAUUUACGCGAACUAUGAGCCGAAUUACACGGACCCUUCGAGUCUAGACUACUGCCAUAAGACACUUUAUCUAUUUGCAUUCUGGGUCACGAAUUCUGCUUACAUUCUUUACGGAUUCAUAUCAGUCUGUCUCUGUUGCUUUGGAACUUGCACCGCCACUGUAGGCAUCGGUAAAGCGUGUGUAAUUGUGUAA